AUGGGCUGCUUCACAUUUGUCAAAUUGAUGACGGUCUUGUUCAACUUGCUUAUCUUCCUGGGCGGCCUGACCCUGCUGGCCAUGGGGAUCUGGGUGAGCGUGGACGGGGGCUCCUUCCUCCGGCUGCUGGGGCCGUUCUCCGGCCAAGGCAUGCAGUUCGUCAACGUGGGCUUUCUCUGCAUCGCCAUCGGGGCCAUGCUGUUGCUUCUGGGGCUCCUGGGCUGUUGCGGGGCUCACAAGGAGAGCAAGUGUCUGCUGCUCACGUUCUUCUCCAUCAUCCUCAUCAUUUUCAUCACUGAAGUGGCAGCUGGAGUCGUGGCUCUGGCCUACUCUUCAUUUGCAGAGGGGAUCCUCAAAACGUGGGCGACCCCUGCUUUACAGACAGAUUACGGCAGUGAUCCUGUGGUCACCAAGAUCUGGAAUACUACCAUGACAGAGCUGGAGUGCUGCGGUUUCACCAACUACACAGACUUUGUCGGCUCGAAGUUUGAAAAGGAGAAAGGAGGCAGCCUGCCACCUGGCUGCUGCUGGACCAACAGCGCCCCCUGCAGCCCUUACGAGGCAGAGCGCAGCGCGGUGCAGGGCUGUUUCAAACAUAUCUUGGAGAACCUCAAAGAGCACGCCAACAUCAUGGGAGGCAUCGCAGCAGGAAUUGGAGUCUUCGAGAUUGCUGCAAUGAUAGUGUCCAUGUACUUGUACUGCCACCUGGACACGAGAAUCAGCUGAGACUCCUUCAGGGAAACACCACAGGAACGACACAGACAUGUUAUUUUGUUUUUAAUCUGCAUUAUUUAUUUUCUUUCUCUUUUCUGGUUCCCUCUUUUUUCAGAAAGAUGUCUAGCUUCAAUACAAAGUCAUGUUUAUGAUCUAUCUACUGUAUCUAUCUAUCUAUCGAGAGAGCACCUGCAGAGUGGAAAUAUUUCAUAUUUGCCAAUAAAAUAUUUCUA